AUGGCGGCAGUAUUGUUAAUGAGCAACGCGGUGGAGAUUGCGAAAUAUUCAUUUAGAAAGGAAUCCGCCGUUAUCAUCACCAACCAUCCAGUUGGCUGCACCGUCGCCGCCUUGAAAGAUAUACUUUUUGGCAUGGUCUUUCACGUGGCCCCUGAGUCUAUAAUGAUGAAGACCCUGGCUGAUGGAAUCAUUACGCAAGAAAGCUUGGUCAUGGAGAGCUCAGUAUUCUCCCAAUCCAAGUCAGAUCCAGCCAAGGAACUACAGCAACAAAUCCAUUGCAAAUGCCAACUGUCAUUUGCUAAUGGAGCAACGCUUCGUGGACCGCUCAGUUGCUCAGUUCAAGUGAGAAACUUGCAAAGCGAAACUGAUCAGGACCAAUUUGAUACUAUUACGGGACUUCCAUCGCCUUCAUACUUCACCCUUGGACCACCCUCUCAUUCCUACCCAGAAUCUCGAUCCGAAUCUGUCGUUAAAUAUCUCUCGGAACAAGGCAUGGAAUCAUGGACAGUCAUUCCAACGGAUGGAACUUAUCGAGGCAAAGCUGCGGCCAAGUUUGAAAGCAGAGAGACUGCCUCGCGUGCCAUUGCAGCUUUGAACAACACAGAAGUCAAGGAGCUUGGUCGCUCGAAAUUGUUUCUUGCCCACCAGUACUCUGUUAAACUUUCUACUCCUACCGACAUCCUUACCGCUGUCAAAGAGCAAAUUGAAACUCCGGAGCAAAAUCUACGCGAAAAUGGCCAUGUGAGACUAAAAUGUUACCCCCCACCCAACGGCACAUCCAGAUACUCAUCAAUACGCUAA